AUGUCGUCAGGUAUCGGCUCGCUCUUCUCCUCGCUCUUCCUAUACCUUCGAUCGCUUCUGUUCUCAAAACACCUCGAGAUAUGCGUAGUCGGACUGCAAGCGGCGGGCAAGACCUCGCUGGUCAACCUGCUCUCUUCGGGCCAGUUCGCGGACGAGAUGGUCCCGACCGUCGGCUUCAACAUGCGUAAAGUACGUUCGGGCAACACCACUAUCAAGGUGUGGGAUAUCGGUGGACAGCCAAGAUUCCGCAGCAUGUGGGAGAGGUAUUGCAGAGGCGUGUCUGCCAUCGUCUUUGUCAUCGACUCGUCAGUACCGCUUCCGAGCGCCAAGAGCGAGUCAGGAUCCACUUCCACCAUCACACAAGCGCCAACCAGCACAAAGUCCGCAUCCGCCCCUGCACCGGCAGCGUCCACAACAGCACCCAAGAAGGAGGAUCCUGCAUCCGCAUCCGCAUCUGCUCUGGCAGCUGGAUCCAGCACACAGAGCCCAUCAGCAUGGGCCGUGGCGACGGAAGAAUUGCACGCGCUCAUUGAGCGACCGCACCUUGCAGGUGUACCGCUGCUCGUAUUGGCCACCAAGAACGACAUCAAGGGCGCAGCGAGGGUCGACGACGUCAUUAAUAUCAUGAAGCUCGACACCAUUGCGAAUCGCGAGGUGAGCUGCUAUAGCAUCAGCAGCAAGAACCAGGUCAACAUUGAUGUUACGCUGAAAUGGCUCGUGGCGAGGAGUCCGGUAGGCAAGUAG